AUGCGAUCAGCAAAGAUGUUUGUAUUUCACAGUUUGGAAUUUCAAUGUGUUAAUACCACUUGUACAUCGUACGUCAAUCAAACGGCGAAAGAUGUUCUCAUAUGUCAAAUAGCGUGUCUAUCGUCACUUCAAUGUAAAGCAGCCAGUUUUUAUCAAUCAACGUUGACUUGUCGGUUAUUUACUGAUGCAUUGCUUCAGAAUACAAAUAUGUUGGCCAAUUCGAAUGUAAUUUCAUUGAUUGUUCAAAGUGGAACUCGAGUACCGCCUGUGUCCACUACGACAUCAACUUCAACGUCAACUUCAUCGUCAUCUACAUCAAGCACAAGCUCCACCUUCACUUCAACAUCAACCUCAACGUCAAGUACGACUUCAGCAACUACUGCAUGGACAACGACUGGAAGUAUGAGUGUUGCGCGAUAUAGUUAUGCAGCAUCGGUUUUAUCAAAUGGAAAAGUCCUAGUCGCUGGUGGAUACACUGGUAGUGCUAUUCUGAAUAGUGCUGAAUUGUAUGAUCCAUCAACAGGUAAUUGGACAACAACUGGAACUAUGAGUGUUGUGCGGAAAUCUCCUCAAGCAUCGAUUUUAUCAAAUGAAAAGGUCUUAGUUACUGGUGGAUACACUGGUAGUGUUCAUCUGAAUAGUGCUGAAUUGUAUGAUCCAUCAACAGGUAGUUGGACAACAACUGGAACUAUGAGUGUUGGGCGAUAUGCUCAUACGCAAUCGGUUUUAUCAAAUGGAAAAGUCUUAGUCACUGGUGGAUUAAGUGAUAGUGGUUAUCUGAAUAGUGCUGAAUUGUAUGAUCCAUCAACAGGUAGUUGGACAACAACUGGAAGUAUGAGUGUUGCACGAUAUGGUCACAAGGCAUCGAUUUUAUCAAAUGAAAAAGUCUUAGUCACUGGUGGAUACACUGGUAGUGUUGAUCUGAGUAGUGCUGAAUUGUAUGAUGCAUCAACAGGUAAUUGGGCAGCAACUGGAAGUAUGAGUGUUGCACGAUAUAGUUAUACGCAAUCGGUUUUAUCAAAUGGAAAAGUCUUGGCCACUGGUGGAACCAUUGGUAGUGUUUCUCUGAAUAGUGCUGAACUGUAUGAUCCAUCAACAGGUAAUUGGUCAGCAACUGGAAAUAUGAGUGUUGCACGAGACACACAUACAGCAUCGAUUUUAUCAAAUGGAAAAGUCCUAGUCGCUGGUGGAGAGACUGGUAGUGUUUCUCUGAAUAGUGCUGAAUUGUAUGAUGCAUCAACAGGUAGUUGGACAAGAACUGGAAAUAUGCGUGCUGCACGAGAUUCACACACAGCAUGGAUAUUAUCUAGUGGAAAGGUCUUAGUCGUCGGUGGAAAGAAUGGUAGUAUUACUCUGAGUAGUGCUGAGAUCUAUUGA